UGCCCCGAGCCCCUGAGGGCACGGCCUGCGCUUGGCCCCGCGGAAUGCACCGGGGCGGGGGCGGCGCCCGCGGUUUCCUCGGGACGGGUUUGCCGCUGGGGAGGGAGAGGCCCCGCGCCCCGCACGGUGCUCAGCCGAGUUCCACGCCGCGGGGCUCCCCGCCACAGCAGCCCGGAGGAGCGGGCGCCAGCGGCUCCCCUCGCGCGCCGCCCCGCCCCGCCCCGGAGCCUCGAGUCCGCUGUGUGACGAUUGGCCGAAGUCCUCCCAGUCAUUUGCAUGCAGGAAAGGGGCGGGGCGGGGCGGGGCGGGGGAGGGGGCGUGUCUUCCGCUGCCUGCCCCGCCGGAGCGACGGGACUGCCCCUUCAGCGGGAAUGAGCUACCACGGGGCGGGCCGGCGCUCGCGAGCCCUAGGAGCAAGCUGGCUUCCGAGGAGCAGGCACCGGCCGCUGGAGAUGGGGCACCUCCGCAGCGCCGGGCGCGCCACCAGCCACAGGAAGCUGCAGCAUUUGUUCCUUUUCCUGCUCUUCAUUGGUCCUUUCAACUGCUUCGCAAGUUACAGCCGCGCCACCGAGCUCUUCUACAGCCUCAACGAGGGGCUGCCGGCCGGGGUGCUCAUCGGGAGCCUGGCACAGGACCUGCGGCUACAUGGAGUGGCUGCGGAGGGGCCGCCAACCCGUCGCGGGGAGCCUGCACUCUCCUUCAGCCUGGCCUCCCAGGGGCUGGGCGGCCAGUACGUGAGCCUGGACAACCGUUCAGGGGAGCUGCACACUUCAGCCCUGCAGAUCGACCGCGAGACACUGUGCCUGGAAACUGGCGCCGGCUCACCUGCCUUUCUGCCGGCGCCAUCCUCAGAGCCCUGCCUGUUGCUGCUGGAUGUGCUGGUGCUGCCCCAGGAGCACUUCCGCCUGGUGAAGGUUAAGAUUGCCAUCCGUGAUAUCAAUGACAAUGCGCCACACUUCCCCGUGCCCAACAUGCGCCUCUGGGUGCCUGAGAACGCCCCCGUCGACACCCGCCUGGCCAUAGAGCACCCGGCCCUCGACCCUGACCUGGGUACCAAUGCGGUCCAGACCUACCGCCUUCAGGAUGACUAUGGGGUCUUCACCCUGGAUGUGGAGGAGAAUGAGAGCGGGGAGAGGACCCCCUACCUGAUCGUUAUGGGGGCUCUGGACAGGGAGGCCAGAGAGGAAUAUGUCACCCUCAUCAUCGCAGAGGAUGGGGGGACCCCACCGUUGCUGGGCAGUGCCACCCUCACCAUUGGCAUCAGCGACAUCAAUGACAACUGCCCCCAGUUCAGCGACUCCCAAUUCAAUGUCACCAUCUAUGGGAAUUCCAGUGCAGGGACACAUGUGGCCACCAUCCAUGCAGUUGACCUGGACCUGGGAUCCAAUGCCCAGAUCUCUUACUCUUACAGUCAAAAAGUCCCCCAGCCAUCAAGAGACUUGUUCCACCUGGACGAAAGUACAGGAGCCAUCAAGCUCUCCAGUAAAAUCGACGGUGAUGCUCCCCGGCUCCAUAGAUUGACUAUAUUGGCCAAUGGUCCUGGUUGUAUCCCUGCUGUGAUCACUGUGCUGGUGUCCAUCAUCAAAGUCAUGUUGAGACCCCCUGAAGUGAUCCCUCGUUUUAUAGCUAAUGAAGUAGAAGGUGUGGUUUACUUGAAAGAAUUGGAGCCUGUUAACACACCGAUAGCAUUUUUUACCAUAAAAGACCCAGAUGAAAAAUAUAAAGUGGAUUGCUUUUUGGAUGGCAAUGGGCCAUUCAAACUGUCACCAUACAAACCAUACAACAAUGAAUAUUUAUUAGAGACUACAAGGCCUUUAGACUACGAGGUGCAGCAGCUCUAUGAAAUAUCAGUGGUUGCAUGGAACUCAGAGGGAUUUCAUGUAAACAAGAUAAUUAAAGUGAAGGUUCUGGACGAUAACGACAACUCACCAGUUUUCCCUCAACAACUGAUAGAAUUAUCUAUUGAAGAAAAUAAUGCUCCCAAUGUUUUUUUGACCAAAUUGCAUGCAACGGAUGCUGACAGUGGAGAGAGAGGGAAAGUCUCCUAUUUUCUAGGGCCUGAUGCCCCUUCAUAUUUUUCUUUAGAUAAAACUACAGGUGUUCUUACAGUUUCCACUCAGCUGGACAGAGAAGAAAAAGAGAAAUACAGAUAUACUGUUAAAGCAAUAGAUUCUGGAUUGCCUCCCAGAGAAUCGAUAGCAACUGUCAUCAUCACAGUGUUGGAUAAAAAUGACAAUAGUCCCAGAUUUAUCAAUAAGGAUUUCAGUUUUUUUGUACCAGAAAACUUUCCUGGUUUUGGGGAAAUUGGAGUUAUCAGUGUUACAGAUGCUGAUGCAGAGCAAAAUGGAUGGGUAGCCCUUUCAGUUGUAAAUGGAAGUGAUAUUUUUGUGAUAGAUACUGGCAAAGGAGUUUUGAGAGCUAAGGUCUCCCUCGACAGGGAGCAGCAAAGUUCCUAUGUCUUGUGGGUUGAAGCUGUUGAUGGAGGUGACCCUGCCCUGUCUUCUACUGCCAAAAUAACUAUCCUUCUUCUGGACAUUAAUGAUAACCCCCCACUGGUCUUGUUUCCUCAGUCUAAUACGUCUUAUUUGUUGGUACUUCCUUCUACUCUUCCUGGUUCUCCCAUCACAGAAGUCUAUGCUGUAGAUAAAGACACUGGCAUGAAUGCUGUCAUAGCUUACAGCAUCAUAGGUAGAAGAGGUCCACGACCUGAAUCAUUUAGGAUUGACCCUAAAACUGGUAAUAUCACCUUGGAAGAGUCACUGAUGCAGAAUGACUAUGGUCUCUACCGGCUACUGGUAAAAGUUAGCGAUCAUGGCUAUCCAGAGCCCCUGCAUUCCACAGUCAUGGUGAACCUUUUUGUCAAUGACACAGUGAGCAAUGAGAGCUAUAUUGAAAGUUUGUUAAGAAAGGAGCCUGACAUUAAUAUAGAGGAAAAAGAGCCACAAAUAUCUAUAGAGCCUACGCAUAAGAAAAUGGAGUCACCAUCUUGCGUGCCUACCUUAGUAGCCCUGUCAAUAAUAAGCUUGGGGUCAAUCACUUUAGUAACUGGGAUGGGCAUUUACAUCUGUUUAUGGAAAGGGAAAAAGCAUCACAGAGCAGAUAAAAAUUUGGAAGUACAAAUCCCACUAAAUGGAAGAAUUGACCUUCAUAUGUUGGAGAAGAAACCAAUGGAGAUUUCUAAUAUUUGAUGUUUCCAUGUGUAUAAACCAAACUGCUGUCUAACAAACCUUUGGACAAUGCUCAGAUUGGGUAUGUUGACAGCAGUUACAAUGAAGGACCACUAAUUUAUAACUUAAUAAUAUUAUAAUUGUAAAUAGGUGUUUACAGGUUUUUUAAAGUCAAAUUCAGAUUACAGCUUUUGUAAUGAAAUCUUCGUACUAACCGCUAGCAAGGAGUCUAUAAAAACAUGAACAUCAUUUGCAGCUAUCAUAAACCCAUCAUAUCAGUGAAUAUACAGAGAGAGGAAGGUAAGACAAUGAUGCAUUAAACUUAAGUUUAAAAAGUUUAAAAAGUCAUUUUAACCACAAGAGGGCAUCAAAUGCUCCUGUGCAGGGAACUGUUUGAGGUACUGUCCAUGAGAUUAAUGCAAAGUAUAUUUAUGGGUUUUAAUAUAAAACAUAUCUGGAUAUACAUAUAUUUACACAAAAUAAAUGUGUAUUCCACUGGAUGUAUGAUAAAAAGAGGAGGAAACAUGCACUAGUAAAACAAACAGAAUUUUUACCUCAUGAGUAAUGCUUCAACAGUGUGAUAGAGAAGGCAUUAACAAGAAGUGCAAUUCCUGUUGAGCAAAGAUGCAAAAUAUUGUCAUGUAAUCAGAAUUUGAACUGCUGUAACAUCUUCAUCUUUCACUUAUUACGGACUUAAUAUCUUCACACAGACGACCCUUGCUCCAACAGUUUACUUGCUGUUAUUAGGGAAAAAUGUAUUUAAUAUUUCUUACAACAAAUGUAUACACACACACACACACACACACAUGUCCAUCUCAAUAAAUAUGGCCAGAUGCAAAGAAGAAAGGGAAUGCCUAAAUCCUUCGUUUUCCCAGAAGUGAUGAUAUUUUUAUUCUUCCAGCAAUCUGUCAGUCGUAUUCCAUCACUUUGGUUGUGUAACAGAUAUUUCUGACGCUAAUCUGUCAGAUGAAAACAAAAAACACUUCACAUUAUUAGCAAUUCUAGAACUUAGUUUACACUGACUGUUGCUCCUCUCUGGGUUGGUAUUUCAUGUGAAAGAUCUGAUUUCUGCCUUUUUUGGCUACCAUUCCAGGCUCCUUUUCAUUGGUUUUGUUUUUUGGAUCAAUUCCAAAAUCAUAUUUGUAAGACUGGUGGCAUAUUUUCUUGAUAAUUUAUUCUUUGCUGCAUCAUCUGCAACAAAGCAGCAGGUUUAUCAGUGAUGCAUUAUUUUCACUUCAUUGUAAGAGCUGGGAACUAUCUGUUGUAUGAGGGUUACAUCAAAUUUAUCUGUGUAAACAAGGUAAAUAAGUGUUUUGCUUAAAACUAAUCAUUUUGAUUUCUGGCAUCAUAUGUCUAUACUGUACCAAAAGUGUUUAUAUGUCUGCAAAUUAAAGCUAUAUAUUUUCAUAAUAACUUUUUUUCUCUGUGCUAACAUUUUAAUGAUAAAGCAGAGUGCCACUCUGUUUACAAGGAAUUUUUCAUCAUUAUCUAGGUAUUUUCUCUUUUGUUUAUUUUUAAUUUAAUUCAUAGCACAUUAUUAAAAAGCAUAAUACUUCCAAAAAUUAAUACACUCCAAAACUGUUUUUAGGAACCUUAUCCUGCACUCAUUGGAAUCAAUGCCAGGCUCAAAUUGACUUAAAUGGUUCAGUAUCAGGUUCUUGUUUUUUAAAGGUAUGCAGUGCAACUAUAUAUAGAUUUUGAUACAUUCACCCACUUUGGCUACUACCUUACUCCACUGUAGACUCAUUGAAAUCUGCAGGCUAUUUGCUGAGUAAGGUGCUAUUAUCAUGAGUAAGAGGAUCAGAAUCUGGCCCGUAUUUUACCAAACCACAUUAUUAGCAAAAUGAAUUUAUUUUCAGAGGAUUAUUUCAACUAGUUCUUGGUAUUAACAUUUCUAUAAUAAACUCUUAGAACAUUUUUUGUUUGGAAGCAGUUUGAUGGCUGUGUUCCAUGAAAAAAUUAAUUCUACCUGUCAAAUGCUUAUGGUUUAACACCUUGUUUUGUUUCUUUUAAUAUUAUUAAUAUAUGAAAAUGGUAUGUAUCCAUGAAAAUUCAUAUGUCAUGAAAAAGACUGAUUAUUAUCUCAGAAGAAAUAUGACUAAUUCCUUGGAAUUGGGUUCUUUAUUAUACAUUUUGAUGCUUUGGUGGAAAAGUUUACUUCUCCAUACGACAUUUAUUCAGUCUAGUGGCAGGUUAAGCAAAAGAAAAAUAGUAUUUUCUGCAUUGCUUCUGUAUUAUUCAAAUUAGAAGCCUGGUCUCAUUUCCAGUGAAGUCAAUGACAGUUAUACUAUUGACUUAAAUGGAAGCAGGAACAAGGCCCAAACUUUUAAUAACAAAAAACUAAAAUGUAAAAUCAUGGGCCUGAUCCUACAAUCCUUACAUACAGGGCACCAGAUUGUGUGAUUCUUACUCCGGCCUUGUCUACAUGUGGACUUGCACGGAUUGAAUUGAACUUGUUUGUUUAAGAAUGGCUUCUUUUAGUUUAUCUUAAACCUGUUCUUAAUCAAUUUAAGAUAAACCAAAAUGAGCCUGGUUUAAAUGAAAUAAGAGUGUCCACACAGUCGUAUGCACCUGGUUUAAGUAAAUCAGUUUGCAAUCAUACCUUCACUUAGACUAGUGCAACUAUGGGCGGUGAAGUAAAGAUAAGCCUUUGCUUCUUAAAUAGUCCCAUUGACUUUAAUGGGCUGUUUGUGAUGGCAGGUGCUAGUCAGUGUCAGUAAGGUGUCAUAAUCCACCCCAUGAGUAGUCUUCAUGUAGAUAGUCCCACAGAAGAGGAUAACGGGUGAAAGAUUGGAUUCUUUUGGGGUUUUUUUAACUCAAAACUAUGCAAUUGGCAGUAGGUAAAAAAAAGCUACCAGCCAUGCAACAAUUUGGUUAAUCAUACCCAUGACAGAACAAUCAGGUAUUAUCUCAAACUCAUGGCACAGUAGACGUUUUUCAUUUUAAAAAAGAGGGCUUCUAAUUUCCUAGUGUCAGAAUAGUUGAUACCAAUAAUGAGGCACUUUUCUGUAGACCUGGCUGUUGAUAGAAUAUCUUUUACAGAAAUCCCUUUAAUGCAAAAGAGAUUUUUAAUGACUAAAUGGCUAAAGUAACUUAGAUUUGAAGAUAAAAGGCCCAUUUUACUAACACCUUGUGUUAGUGCAGUUGCCAAAAUGUAUGCUAAUCUUGUCAGUGUUGGUAGUUGAGCUGGCAUGAAAAUAAAUGUUCCAUUCAUUCAGAAUCCCAAUAUCCAUUGAACAAUCUGUGAGUGAAUGGGUGCUGUUUCUCCAGUUCAAUAAAAAAUGAGAUGGCCCUAAUCUUUGUGCUGCCAAAGGCACCGUAGCAUUGCAAUGCAAAACAUAUUUGAAUUAAAAUUAGCAAAUAAAGGACAAGAAAUGGGCUGUGAGCCUAGUGGAGGUGAGCAUAGAAAAUCAGUUUGGGUUCUUCUCUUUUUUUUUUUAUUCAUUUGAUCUUUCUAAAGAUAUGGGCGCUCCAUGAGUCUUUGAAGUUAUUGUUUUCAUGCAAAAUUAGCUAAACGCUGUCUGUUUUAAUAUCAGUAAGGGAUGAGUUCUGAAAGUGUGGCAAUGAGAAGUAGAGCAUUUUGCUUCCCCCCCCCCCCCAGUCUAACAUUGAAACGCUAUUUUAUCUGAUAGCCUAUGCAGGCUUCAAGGCUCAAAUGUAUGACUAUGUCUACAAAGUCAGAUCCAAAGCCCAGUGAAGUCAAUGCCAAAACUACUUUUGACUUCAAUGAAGCACUCUUAAUUUUUCAGUCUGGGAAGAUUUAAUGAAAAUACCCUAAUUCAAAAACAUGAACAGGUUAAUUCCCUACUAGCCUUUCACUCUGGAGACUCACAUUCAAAGUGGUCAAAAGAGAAAUGAAUUUCCUGGUUUGAGUUCAUCUUAGCUCUCAAUGAACAGUGGCCUGCAUUACAAAAACAACCUGCAAUUUGGCAUAAUUUGACAUAAAUGGCACUUCCAGCUCAAAAAAAGUCAGUAAUAGAAACUUCAGGGUGUUUCUUUCCAAGGUGCAUUGGCAGAGCUGUGCAAUGGAGCUUGUACAGUGACUGCUACCUGCUCUGUACUGUGCUUGUCACCAGUUUAGUUUCUAGCAAUCAUUCAUUUUCAUAUGCAUUAAUAUUUACAAAAUUAACUUACAGUUAAAAACAAUACAUCAAAAUACACAGUGACUCCACUGAAACAGACAUUUGCUUCACGCUUGUCUUCAACUAAGCUGGAGUUUGGACAGUUGAGAAAAUUCAUGUCCUUUAUUACUAAAAGAAGAAAAGUUGAGAAAAUUCAUGUCCUUUAUUACUAUCUUUAAAUUAGAUGUCUUGUGAAAUUUUAAUGGAAGCCACAGGUACUCAGCACCUUUAGGAUUAGCCUAUCAGUUUAACAGGACUUCUCACAGGAUUAAGGAUUACUCGUGUGAAUAAAAGUUGCACGGUUGAUCUUUCUACUUUAUUAAAAAUUAGUCUU